UGCCCUAGGAAGAAUUUCCGUUCUGAACCCGAGGGUGAGAGUUCAUCGAUAUUUCUGGCAGCGGCUACAAUGACCUAGACGUUGGAGGCCCUUGGAGGCUUCUCUGGGACAACUCGGACUUGGGCUGGGAGUAAUUUUACCCCCACGCACUCCUCCACCCGCGGGGGAGGUGGGGUAGGAGGCUGUCAGCCAGACAGCUUGACUGAUUAACCUGCAAACAAGUAGGGGAGAGUCCACUCAGUCCUCGCGUGAAGGAGCUGGUACUUUCGUUCUAAAGCUCUCGUUUCCUCGGGGAACAUAAUAGCUAGACGCAAUAGUUAUAAUUAUUUAAUAUGUUUCCACUGACUGAAGAAAACAAGCGUGUGGCUCAGUUGUUGCUCAGUACUGGUACCUGUCCAAGAUGUAUCUUCAGAUUCUGUGGUGUGGAUUUUCAUGCACCAUACAAACUUCCCUACAAGGAGUUGCUCAAUGAACUACAAAAAUUUCUGGAAACUGAAAAAGAUGAAUUAGUUUUGGAAGUUCCAAACCCACCUCCCAAGAAAAUUCGACUACAAGAACUGGAAGAUGGGAUUGAUAGGAUGGAUAACCUGAGUCAAAAUGGAGAGGGAAAGAUCUCAAUUAUUGAAGAUGGAAGCAUUGCUUCCAAGAACUCAAAUUUAAAUGUAUGCAAUGUAUGCCUAGGAAUUCUUCAGGAUUUCUGUGAAAAAGACUUCGUUAAAAUGGUGUGCGAAAAGGUUGGAGCCUCUGGGUUUGAAUUCACCAACUUGGUAUUUUCAGUCUCCUUCCCACCACAGCUAUCUGUAAGAGAGCAUGCUGCAUGGUUGCUGGUAAAACAGGAAAUGGGAAAGCAGAGUCUGUCGCUGGGAAGAAAUGAUAUAGUUCAACUAAAAGAAGCCUACAAAUGGAUAACUCACCCCCUGUUUUCAGAGGAACUGGGUGUUCCCAUUGAUGGAAAGAGCUUGUUUGAAGUGAGUGUGGUCUUUGCUCACCCAGAAACAGUUGAAGAUUGCCACUUCCUACGUGCAAUAUGCCCAGAUUGUUUCAAGCCAGCCAAAAACAAACAGUCAGUAUUCACUAGAAUGGCAGUCAUGAAAGCUUUGAAUAAGAUAAAAGAAGAGGAUUUCCUCAAGCAGUUUCCUUGUCCUCCAAACUCACCAAAGGCUGUAUGCACUGUUCUUGAAAUUGAAUGUGCUCAUGGUGCUGUUUUUGUGGCUGGGAGAUAUAAUAAGUAUUCCAGGAAUCUACCACAAACUCCUUGGAUAAUUGAUGGACAAAGGAAGCUGGAAUCUUCAGUGGAAGAAUUAAUUUCAGAACAUCUUUUGACAGUAUUCAAAGCAGAGAGCUUUAAUUUUUCAUCCUCUGGAAGAGAAGAUGUAGAUGUGAGAACAUUAGGAAAUGGAAGGCCCUUUGCAAUUGAGCUGGUGAAUCCUCAUAGAGCACAUUUCACUUCACAAGAAAUUAAGGAACUUCAGCAGAAAAUUAAUAACUCGUCGAACAAAAUCCAAGUCCGUGACUUGCAGAUUGUCACAAGAGAGGCAAUAGGACAUAUGAAAGAAGGUGAAGAAGAAAAGACCAAGACCUAUAGUGCCUUAAUAUGGACAAAUAAAGCAAUACAGAGGAAGGACAUUGAAUUCCUAGAUGACAUAAAGGACUUAAAGAUUGACCAGAAAACUCCUUUACGGGUCCUCCACCGUAGGCCCUUGGCUGUGAGAACUCGCAUCAUUCACUCCAUGGAGACACACUACGUGGAUGAACAUCACUUCCGCCUCUACCUGAAGACUCAAGCUGGAACCUACAUUAAAGAGUUUGUACAUGGAGACUUUGGGAGAACCAGGCCGAACAUUGGCUCGCUGAUGGAUGUGACUGCAGACAUUCUUGAGCUGGAUGUUGAGUCUGUAGAUGUUGAUUGGCCCCCUGCUCUGGAUGACUAGCUUUCAAAUUUGGAAACAGAAUAGGGUUUUCCGGCACGAUGUGGACAUCCGUGUGGCAUGCACUGUGAACUGGCUGUUUACCCACCAUAACGGUGUCUUGGAAACCAUUUGGAUCAUGUUGAUCUAUAUAUUCUUAAGUUUGUUGUUAACAUCUCAGGUUCUAUGUAUGUGUAUAUUUUGUGUUGAAUUGUUCUUAGGAUGUCUUACGAUUUUUCUUGUUCCCCCUCCCCGCACAAGUCAAACUAUGAAUUAUGAAACCAUUCUCUUCCUAAUUCUUUUUUAGAAAGGUAUACAAACAGGAUACAUUCUCUGAUAAUCUGAGAUGUAAUUUCUUUUAGCAAAAUUUCCCGCCACAAGCGAGAUACCACUUUUAAAAUCAUGUUUUGAAUUUUAAAAAUUAUCUUCAUAAAAGUUACAUCUAGAUUUAUGCAGCACAGUAUCCUUAUAAUAUACUAAGAUAUCAAAUACAAGUCUGACAUCAUUAAUAUGUUUCCCAGUAAGCUUCAAGCAAGCUGUUUACCAAUAGAAAUACUCUUUGGUGUGACCUGUCACAAAUCUUAACGACUCCAAGUUAUUACUAUUUUGACUAUCUAAAAUUGUCAGUAUAUUUCCUGGGGGAGAGAAAGAGAAACCUUAGGAGUUGAGGCAUAACAUAGUAAGAGACUUUCAUAAAGCUUUUAAAUGAGACACAAGUGCCUUCAAUGACUUUAAUCCCAGAGAUAAGAUUUUGAAAAAUUGAGAUUGCUAAACAAAGGUAAGCUGCUAUUAUUCCAGAGUGCUUCAAUAUAUUAUCCAACUUCAGACAUCUUCACCAGGGAGAUAGGAUAUUAUCAUCUCUACUUUAUAAAUAUGAAAACCAAAGAAUAGACAUUAAGUGAUUUAUUGAAAAUUGUGUUACUUCCAUGGCUAGGACUAGGACUGAAGGUUCCUGGUCUCUAGGGUUCUUUCUUAUAAGCCUUAUUAUUGAGCACUUGCUGUGUGAAGGAGGCACCCAAGGAUGUCAUUUUAAUGCAUAUAACCAUGAAAAUUGAAUUUUGGAAUUUAGAUACCAAAUCAAGCUUACCAAAAAAUAGCCCAAGUAAAUUUCAUAUGCUCUCAAAUUACUACCAUAUUUUAAUAAGUUAAUCAUUAGUUGAUACUAUGAAGAGAAAAAACAUUAAGCAAAACCUAAAGAAAACAGAUGGGUCAUUAAGAGAAAAGUUUCAGAAAGGAGUCUUAUUAAAAUCUCAGAUUUAAGUGCAAUUUCCAUCGCCCUGAUUCAACUAUCAAAGCUUAUUUUAGAACACACGUGACUUGGAUAGUAUUGGAUUUCCCACUGCUACAUUAAACAUGCUUCAUAAAUACUAAGAUGUAUAUUACUCACCUUAGGAAUCAGGAAAAUGGUUUGAUAUGAAUAAAUUUCAUAUGCAAAUAAUAGCAAAUAAUUUUGCACUAUUUUCGAUGCCAGAAAAUGAGAAAGGGAUAAUAGAAAUAAAUUUUUGAUAAAAAGGUAAGAACAUUUGUGUGACUGUUUCUCAGUUUCUGGGAAAAUUCUGCUGCAAAAGAGAUUUAAAUAAUUUGGGAAAUAGUCUUUGUGUGUUCCCCUUUGGCUCAGCUUUGAAUUUAGUGGAUCUGCAAAUGGAAGAAUUAAGAAUCUCCUUAGCAAACUUAAAUCAGAAGACUUCUGUUGUUUAAAUUUCUAUUCCUGGGAUUAUAUAAAAUUUCAAGCAAAGCUUAAAACAUUAGCUAUAAAUACUUAUUCCAAAUGUUCACAUAAUAUUGAGACACAAAUUGUUAAAAAUUAACGAGGUCUUUAAGCAGAACUGGUAACAUUAAGUAAUGAGAGUACUAUAUAGUUUAGCUUUUGCCUAUAUAAAUAUUUUAAAAUUAGUUUUAUGGUCUCUUAUAGCUUUGUAUAAAUUAAAUGUCUCUUUAAAUAACACUUA